AACUACUCAGGUAAAAAUGGCUUCUUUCCACGAUGCACAAGGGUUCCGGGGUAACCAAGGUGAAGAGGAAGAUGUUGAUGUGAUAUCCGUGGAGCCUAUCGCGAUGAUAGUGCCGCCGGAGUUGCAGGAUUUGCCCAGAACCGCCGCGCCUGAGAGUAACGCCAGUUCGAGCGUAAGUGGUGGUUCUGAGGGCCACCAGCCUUCAACCUCCAGUGAUUCGCCCACGGAAGAGACACCUAGUGGGGCGGAGGGCGUGGAGGAGGUUGGUUGCAGUGCACCGGUGACAAGUGCAAUAGCAGAGGUGGUGGUGUUCGAAGGGUGGGAAAGCAAGGUUCUUAGUGGAUGGCUGGAUAACCUUCGUAAGGCUCCCAAAACCCUACCGGCCGGCUUCAAGUUCAGGGCGAUGCUGCAUCAUGAGGUUGCAGAUGGCGCCGCCACGGUGAAGGGGUACAAGAAGCUGGAGGAGAUGUACGAGUUGGCCCUUACGCAGCUUACUCCCAACAGCAUAAAGUUUAUCAUAGGCUUUAUGCUAUUGUGCAAAAGGUUGAGGAUGCCUGCUAAGGCGGUGGUCUUCAGGUCGCUCUUCUUGUGCCCGUUGUGCCCGUCCACCAGUGGAAUGAGAUGGUACUACAUCUCGAGGAGAGAGAAAAUGAUGAUAUUCACCAACAUAAGGAACAAAGUGGCGAGGUGGAAGAGACAGUUCGUCUUCGUUCGGGACACACGAAUUGAACGAAUCAAUAACGAGCUCGCCACCCGUCUGUCAGAGUGGCGCACGCCUAACACCUAUAUGAACUACCCACAGCUGACAAUUGGUGACGUCGACCUGAAGAACCGGCUACUGGAUUAUGUGAAGGCGAGGGGGUUGGUGGAUUUAGAAACCUUGGUUACCCCGGAGCAGAUCGCACUUCAUGGAUUUGUCGACGUGGCAAACCUACACUCUCAAGCAUCCUUGAGAGACAACGUCAGCGAGCUCAAGGCUCAAGGGGCUGGGGAGCUGGUGCCAGCUCGCGAGGUUGCUGAGGCUGCAUCAGUCUCGUCGUCUGUUGGGGGGCCAAGGAUUGCAUACCCGGACGGCUUCAGUUACGCCCGAACUGAGUGUCAGACUGCUAUGCUGCAGGGUAUGCAGAACUUUGUGCCCCCUGCAGACCGGCUGCGUGCAAAGGGGCACGUUCAGCAGCAUGAAAGGCAUGCUGCUUUAAUAAAGCUGAUGGAUGCGUUCAGCUACAUUGUCGCACUCUUCGAGUGCGAGCAGAGGGCUCGGGCGCAGAACAACGAGCUCCAACAGAGUUGUAAACAACUGGCCUCUGAGAAAGCCAGUUUGGCUGACAAGGUCAGUCGUUUACAAAGCUCGGAGAUGGCUAACCGAGCGGCGUCAGCAGAGAGCCGAGCUGACGAGCUGGCCCGUAAGGUUAACGAGCUGAAGGAGGAGCUCGUGAGGGCGCGAGUGGAGAAGGAAAGUGGCAUCCAAGCUGCCAAGGAGAAGGCGGAGUCUGACAGAGAGAAGACUCUGCACGAGCUGAGCUCCCUGAGGGAGAGGGUGGUGCAAGCCGACCAACACGUCGCCCAAGCUGAGGCGUCCCUGGAGAGGACCAAGAGGGCCCACCAGCGCGACGUCUGCUUUGCUCGCGCACAGGGGGCUGAAUGGCUGGUGCUGCAAGUUCGGGCUGAUUUUCCCAUCGGUGAGCUGGCUUUCUUUGAAGGCGAGGAGAUUAACGAAGAAGGAAAGAGCCUCGCCCCGCCAGCGGACACCCAGGUGAGGUUGAGAUGGGAGCUGAACAAGGAGGGGCUGCCCGUAUGGCCCCCUUCUGUGAUCGAAGAGGGGGAGGACACAGAGGGGUUGCCAAGUUUUGACGCUUGGGUGGCAAACCCCCAUGAUGUGCCUGCUGAGCCUUCCAGCACUCCCCCCUCUGCUCAGCCUCAACCCGCACCAGGCGCUACUCCUGUUCACUCUCCUACCCUUCCUCCUCCAGAUCGGUCAUCACCAGCUCGAUCUGCUACUGCCCCAAAUGACGCAUCCAUCCCCGUCGACCUGACGGAUGAUUAGCUUAGGGUUUUUACUUUUUCUUUUGUAUUUCCAUGUAAAUCAAUGAACUCAUUCCGUAUGUACUACACAUGUAAACACUCAUUGAUGGAAUACAAAUUCGCAUAUUUU